UGUAAAUUACCCUAGCUGUGGAUCAUUAAUUUUGGGUUUUCCUCCGAACGAUUCUAUCUAUUGAAGGUAUUCCUCGUCGACAACUUCUUUGCUGUGGCAUUGUUUCUGGCCUUCUGUCUGCUUGGCGACUGGCUUGCGGCGUUGCUUAGGAUAAGGACAGCGAAAGGGAAUUGCUAUGGCUUCUGGUUGAACAUGAAUCAAUCUCUUAUUCUUAUUCUGUUCCUGAUCACUCAUGGUCGCUGGAGGUACCAAUAAGUUGUGAUUUUUGGGGUUUUAAUGCUUGAGAAACACAGGAACGAAGUGGGCUUGAAGAGGGAGUGGAGAUAGAAGGGAAGAAGAAAGCUGAAUCAGCAACCUAAAUGGUGGUCUCCAGUACUAAUUCCCACAAGGAGAUAACUGUUAGGAGAAGGAUUGCCAGCAUAUUUAAUAAAAGAGAGGAGGAUUUUCCUUCACUGAGGGAAUACAAUGAUUACUUGGAGGAAGUGGAGGACAUGAUAUUUAACUUAGUUGCUGGAGUGGAUGUCCCUGCUAUUGAAGAAAAAAUUGCAAAGUACCAGAAAGAAAAUGCUGAACAAAUAAUGAUAAAUCAGGCACGGAAGGCUGAAGAAUUAGCUGCAGCUUUGGCAGCUAGCAAGGGACUUCCUGCACAGACUGAUACUGAUGGGAGCUCUCAAGGAGGCUUUGGCGUUGAACCCGGGCAAUAUGCACCAUCAGUUCCUGGAGGACAGCCACGACCAACAGGCAUGGCUCCACAACCAGUGCCACUUGGGGGUCCAGAUAUGCACGAUGAUGAGGAAACGAUGAGACUCCGGAUAGAGAGGGGGAGCAGGGCUGGUGGUUGGAGCAUAGAGCUUAGCAAGAAAAGGGCACUUGAGGAAGCUUUUGCAAGUAUCUGGAUUUAGUAUCUUUUCAUUGGUUGUCUUCUAUACAUUACACUGCAAUUGUCAUCCAUGUGAGCCCCCAAAAAGUUAGAAGUAAGGUAGGGACUAUCCAUUGUUUUUGUAACAUGCUGACACAGGAUUUGGGGCUUUUCUCAAUUUAUUUUAGUGUUCUAGAUUUUCCAUUAUGUAGUAUAAUUAGUAAUUAUACUUGCUUUCA